AUGGAGACUCCGGACCGGCGUAAACGCGGCAUCCGCGACAUACAAGUCAUCAGCCCGGGCCCCUACUCAGCCACCUACUCGGCCCCCUAUUUGGCCCCGAAUUUCGUUGCACGACGGUUACUGGAUCCAAGCCAAGUGGGUCUUUCGCACGUGGAACGGCAAUAUCUCGAUUUAUUCAAGACGCAUACUUCUGUAAAAUGCACCGGGUUUAUGGCCGACGAGUUUUGGCAGCGACUCGUUCACCAGGUCGCCGAGGAGGAACCCGCUGUACGACAUGCGGCUAUUGCGCUGAGUUCUAUGCAUUGGCAAUUCAUGCAAGGAGCCGACUCUUCCAAAUUGAAGUCGCUGUCUAAGGCUAAGCCUAGUGUGAACAAAAUUCCAUCUUUCACUCUAGCGCAGUGCACCAAGGCCCUUGUUUCUCUACGGCAGAGAUUAACAAAGGUAGAUACAUAUACCACAAUCAGCGCGCAUAGAGAGGCGGUUCUUGUUUCGUGUAUUAUGUUAGUGUCGCUAUCUCUGUUCCAGGGCGAUGUUAAGGCCGUGACCUCGCACUUACGGUCCGGUUAUAGCGUGCUUAUGGAAUGGCAGAAGGUCAAUUUUGACGGGAAUCCCUCGGGAUUGGUCUUAACGCGCACAUUUUCAGAUCUACAGCUACAUCGAAUUACAUUCUCUCAAGCACGGCGUGAUAUGGACGCAGAAGCGGAUGAUUUACCGCUCUGGCAGGCGAUUACCGGAUGCCGGCCUGUAUACGGGCAUUCGGAAAUAUCUGAAAGUGGCUUUUCGAUUGUCCUUGGAGCGGCUAUCACGUCAAAUUAUCCACAGGGACUCGAGCUCCGCGUAGGAUAUAGUCUACGGAGGUUGAACACUGCCCUUGCCGAUCUACUCUAUCAGAAUAAGACGGAAAAGACGGUUGGGGAGAGAUUAAUGAGCUGGAAGAGCGAGUUUCACGCUUUUAUUUCGGCAAAUAGGGAUACCUUAUCGCUACAAGACCGCGGCCCUGUAAUACUGAUGGAGCUAUGGACUAUAUCCAGUGAUAUCAUACUUUCUUGUCUUAAGAGCCCGCUGGAUGAGAUGGCCCAUGACUCCUCUUUGCCCGAAUUCCAACGGAUGAACGAGUUAGCGGCGCUUUACGUGAGUCUGGCGGAGCAAGCUUCGAUGUUCUCCACUAAAGCCAUGCUUCUACAAAUCCUACAUUUCACUGGCUCUAAAUGCCGUGACUGGCAUACGCGCCGGGAGACAUUACGCCUAGUGCGUCACUUCCCGCGGCGAGAAGGUUUCUGGACAUCUGAUCAUCUCGCCACUCUGUUGGAAUACGUUAUCAAACAUGAGUCUGCUGGUCUGACACCUAGUGACGUGAUUCCGCGCGCAGCUCGUAUUGAUCUGAUGCAUAUGAGCCCUUUGGACCAGAGUAAAUUCAAUGUAUGGUAUCACCAACCUUGCACCCCCGAGGAGGUUGCCAAUGGUGCUGAUGUUUCUGGAAAAUGGACGACCGUGGUGCUAUCAGCUUGA